CUGCCAUUCACUGGGAAAUAAUGGUCUGAAAUGUAUUUAAAUUUUCCGACAUUUUCCGGGCCCGAAAUUACUGCUGGAAAAUGUUGUUCCGCUCAGCGAAAAGCAAAUUCGACGCCGGCGACGUGAUGCGUCGCCUGAAGCGCCUGGCGGAGGGCACCAUGUCCUCCUACCGCCGCCUGUUCCUCCUGCUCCUCUGCGUUUGUGUGGUCUUCUACAUGAUUCCGCCGAUCUUUCGCUAUAUCUUUCUCAGUGCCCCCGAACCGAAGGAUCCCCACAGCAUGUGCAUGGACGACCGGCUGACGCCCUUCUUUCUGCCCAACUCCGAGUUCGAUGCCAACAUUCGUCACGUGUCACCGGGAAAAUUGGCCGGCGAACGCGAUUUCACGCCCUACGUGGGCAACGGCUAUCUGGGCCUGGAGAUUGCCCACGACGCCUUCCUGAACAUCAAGCAUGGCCGGGCCAUGCAGCUGCCCAUUCGCUUCCAGCCGCUGGUUUCCGUUUCGGGAGGAGCUGCACCUGGUUUGGCUGGUGAAAAAGAGGCCACCGUAGUGGAGUAUUUGACGGGGAUGGUCCAUCGAUUCCAGUGCUUCGCCGGCUACUUUGUUUCGUACACCUACUACGCCCAUCGCACGCAGCCGAAUAUCUUCAUGCAGGAGGUGCAGAUCACGAAUACGAGGAACCUCUUGGAGGACAUCGAGCUAAUCAUGCCACGCGUCAAUCUGCAGAAGCUCACCCGGCGAACAGUGGCCCUCAGUGAACCCAUCUCCGUUGGAGUCUUUACCUACACCGAGCUGGAGGUUCUCACAGGCUUGGUGCAGCCUCAGCCGGAAACUCCCAGUAAAACCAUUGUAAUAAGCAUUGUAAAACCCCAGUUGGACUCCAAGCUGCAGCUGAGGAAGCGAGGAACAGUUAGAAUAGUGUAUCCUUUAGCAGUGCAGUACUCGAAACCAGUGCCGGAAGCCCAAGUAAAAGGCAUCAGCGAGGCGACCGAACAGCAGGCCACCCAGGCGAUGGUCAAGCUGCUGCAGAAACUGGGCUCAAAGGCCUCGAAUCCGGGAUCCCUUAGCAGCAUAAACACCUACCGGCAGGAGCACAUCGACGUGUGGACGGAUUUGUGGGCCACUGGCUUUACGAUAAGCACCUCCAAGGCGGAGAACAGCUUGAAUGGCGACCGCAUCAAUGCCACCAUGUAUGCGGUUCUCUCGCAGGUGCGCAGCUUCGAGUUCGAGGAGACGGGCGCCGCGAAAAAGGAGGAUAUAGCCAAGGCACUCACCUACGCCGAAGGUUGCUACGAUUCGUAUCACACCCUGCAGGCGGAGAAUCUCUGGCGUGAGAUGUCAAAUCUGCAGCAGCUCAAUUCCCUAGUUACAUCGUGGAUGCUGACGUUGGAGAAGCAAGGCUGCCACAAUCUCAUACGAGCUGGAGCCUCGGGCGUCAUCCAAGGAAUGGUCCUCAGCUUCGGCAGCUUUCGCUUUAGCAAUCAGCACCUGGAGUGCAAUAUCCAUCCAAAGUUUCUGCACAGGGACUUUCACUUCCGCCGCCUCAACUACGGCAAUAAAACCCAUGUCAAUGUCACCAUAAUUGUGAAGGAUGACAACAAGGCGGUGAUCAAUGUGGCGCUGGAUCGCUCGGACAGGAGUUACUAUGCCUGCGAUGGCGGCUGCCUGGAUGAGCCCGUGCUGCUAACGCCAAAUCGACGACAAUUCCCAGUUAAAUUGACUGAACCUCUGACAGCAAUAUUAUACAUAACCGAGGACAAGCAGCACAUGGAAGAGCUGCAUCAUGCCAUUCAUGUAAAGGAAGUGGUAGAAGCUCCCGCCCAUGAGCAGCAUUUGAUCGCCCUGCAUCGGCAUGGCCACCAAUUGGGUGGACUGCCUACGCUUUUCUGGGUUUCCGUGUGUGCAAUAAUCAUAGUAUUCCACAUAUUCCUGUGCAAGCUCAUUAUCAAGGAGUACUGCGAACCGAGCGAUAAGUUAAGAUAUCGUUAUAACAAACCGUGAUCCUAGUUGUAAAUAAAAAUUGGAUGCUAGUAAAAUAUGAUUAUCUAAAUGAAAAAUUAA